AGUUGUAAAAUGGGAGAGAAGAAGAAGGCAGGUGCUAUGUUGGUUCGCCUUGUGUCGGCAGCUGGAACUGGAUUCUUCUAUGUCGUGAAGAAGACGAAGAGGCUCCAUAGCAACAAUAUCAAGCUGGAAUUCAGAAAGUAUGAUCCUCGCGUCAAUCGCCAUGUUUUGUUCACGGAGGCAAAGAUGAAGUGAGUAUAACUUCUAUUUGUAGGUUGCCAAUGCUGUUAGGUUUAAAUAAUAUUUCAUUGGUCCAAUAUAUCCGUAUGUUUGGACUGAAACUCUUGAAAUCACAUAUUAUAUGCCGUUUGAAGUUUAAAUUUGAAUGUGUUAUGUUGAUUCUGCUUA